UGUGGACUGAGGGGCUAUGGAGAAGUUCCUGAUAUUUUCAGUCUCUGACCCCUUCAAUAUUUCUUUAUGAAUAAAACAAGGUCAAACCAAGAUAUAGAUGAACUUUAUUGACUAUAUAGUGCUUUCCAUUAAAUGUUUUGUAUUGGGUUUCAGUUUUUCUUUCCCUUUAUUAGACACAACUGUUUUGUUUCCAUGCUACAGUGUUUUUAUUUUUGAAACUGGCAUUGAGAAAGGUCGUUAUUUUUUGGUCCUGUUUUGAAUUCUAGACGUUUUGGUCAUCUGGGUAAUUGAGUUUCUGUCUGCCGUGUUCGUGUUCUGUCGUUUCUUCACAAGAUUUGGUUUGGUGAAAGUGAGUUUUGUUGGGUAUUUCAGAUUUUGUUGUUCUGUAUAAUUUCGUCGGUGGGUUUGAGUGGUGAGGAAAGAUUAAGGUAGUUAAAUUGGUAGUUGGAUUUUUGGUUUCAAUUCACGGGAAUAUAGAUGUGUCACAAGAAAGGUGUAGUAGAGGGAAAGCUCCAGAUUCUCAACUGCUUCUUUGAGCCUUUUUCUACUCCAAAUAAGUAGCUUUUUCAGAGUUUUUGGGGCUCUAGUUUUAAGGUUUUGUUUUGGGGAGAGUUUCUGUCCUGUUAUUUCUUCCAUUGAUGCCCUUGUUCUGUUUGUAAAAUGAACCAUUCUGGAGCAGAAAGUGAUCAGAGAGCAGCAGUCCAUGUCUCAAAGGACAAGAAUGGAAUUGACCAGGUCUUGCUUCGGAACCCUCGAGGAGCUUCAGCACUGGUUAGCUUGCAUGGAGGGCAAGUUCUUUCAUGGAAGACCGACCAUGAUGAAGAAUUAUUAUUCACAAGCAGUAAGGCAAUCUUUAAGCCACCAAGUGCAGUGAGAGGAGGAAUUUCAAUUUGUUUCCCGCAGUUUGGAACCCGUGGAUUGCUGGAAAAACAUGGGUUUGCUAGGAACAAGAUUUGGGCCAUUGAUGAAAAUCCUCCACCACUACAUCCCAAUGAUUCCAAUGGCAAAGCCUUUGUUGACUUGCUACUCAAACCAUCUGAUGAAGAUUUGAAGAACUGGCCACAUAGUUUCGAGUUUCGUCUUAGAGUCUCUUUGGCAGAGGAUGGGUAUCUAACAAUGAUAUCACGCGUCAGAAACAUCAAUUGCAAGCCUUUCAGUUUCUCAUUUGCCUAUCGUUCAUAUUUCUCCAUCGCUGAUAUCAGUGAAGUGAGGAUAGAGGGGUUGGAGACUCUCGACUACCUUGACAACCUAUGUGAGAAAGAGCGCUUCACAGAACAAGGAGAUGCCUUAACAUUUGAAUCUGAGGUGGAUCGAGUUUAUCUUAGUUCUUCAGGCGCAAUUGCUGUUUUUGAUCAUGAAAAAAAGCGCACAUUUACCAUUCGAAAGGAAGGACUUCCAGAUGUUGGGGUCUGGAAUCCAUGGGAGAAGAAGUCCAAAUCCAUAACAGAUUUUGGAGAUGAAGAGUACAAAAAGAUGCUUUGUAUUGAUGGAGCAGCAGUGGAGAAAGCAAUCACCAUAAAACCAGGUGAAGAAUGGAGAGGCCGGCUGGAAAUCUGUGUUGUCCCUUCAACUUAACAGUGGCCAUCUUGAUUCCCCAUAAGAUUAUUUUCAAGCGGGAAGGAAGGAAGGAAGGACAAACAGUAAUAGUGAUAACCAAAAAAGACUCUGAUUUUGUGAAACUUUAUAUUAUAUUUGCAGUGUGAAACUGAAUAAAAGCAUCGCCUGCUAACUUGGGUGAGCUUGGUUGUAUAAUCUGCUGCAAUGAAGGUGGAGAUUUGUUUUAAUGUUGUUCUCCACUCAUUGCAUAUAAUGAAUGUAUUAUGUUUACCUACAAAGGUUGUAUGAAUAAUUCCUGAUUA